AUGAAUACCCAGGAUGGAAUUACAGCCAUACACACCCAGGAGGAAGUUACAGCCAUCACCGAUGACUUGGUUCUUGAAGGACUCGGCUAUACGCCAGAACUCAAGCGGUCGUUUUCUCUGUUUGGGAUGAUAGGUUUUGCCUUCAGUGUAUUGACAUGUUGGACAGCUCUUGCCGGAUCGCUCGUCGUGGGUAUCAAUUCAGGAGGCCCCCCCGUCAUUAUCUGGAGUUGGGUCGGAGUCUCUGUUUGUAGUAUGGCCGUUGCAUACUCUUUUGCCGAAAUCUGCAGUGCAUUUCCAGUUGCUGGUGGACAAUAUUCUUGGGUUGCAAUUCUAGCUCCUGCCAAAUAUGCACGCCCGCUUUCAUACUGUUGUGGCUGGUUCAUUUUAAUUGGAUUCCUCUCCGCAGGCGCCGGGAAUGGGUUCGUUGGUGCAAAUUUUGUUCUGGGAAUGGCACAAAUGGCAAAUCCAGACUUUGUCAUCGAAAGAUGGCACACUUGUCUUGUAGCAUACUGUCUCCUCAUUCUUGCAGCAGCCACAAACAUUUGGGGAAGACGAGCGCUUGAGAAAUUGUCACAGGCAAUGAUCAUUUUCAACAUCAUAUCUUUCGUUGUGGUUAUCGUCGUUCUUCUGGCAAGAGACAACAAUAAGCAAUCAGCAGCUUUCGUCUUCAAAGAUUUCCAAAACUUUACUGGAUUUGGGACUGCAUACGCGAGCUUGUUGGGUUUACUACAAAGUGCCUUUGGAAUGACUGGAUAUGAUGCGACCGCUCACAUGACGGAAGAAAUGAAAGAUGCUCGAAAAGAUGCACCCAAAGCUAUUAUCUGGGCAGUCUGGAUUGGAGCUGUCACAGGUUUUAUUUUCUUGAUCGUGGCUUGCUUCUGUAUUGAUGACAUCAACGAGGCAGCCUCUUCACCAACAGGUGUUCCUAUUUUCCAGAUCUUUCUCUCUGCGACGAGAUCGUUCCCUCUGGCCAUGCUUCUAUCGGUCCAAAUCUCGAUCAUAUCUCUCGUCAGCCUUGCUUUCCUCUGCGCCCAGAGUUCCCGCCUCGCUUUCGCUUUUGCUCGUGAUGGCGGUCUUCCAUUUUCUAAGAUCUUCAGCAAAGUUGAUGCGAAACGCCAAGUUCCGGUCAACGCGAUCUGCUUGGUCGUCGCUGUCAACAUGGCAUUAAUGUCAAUUUAUUUCGGCUCUGUCACUGGUUUUGGAACAAUUCUCGCCAUCUCGACCGAAGGAUUCUAUUUAUCCUACAUCUUGCCGCUCGCAGUUCGACUUUGGGGACGACUCACUGGAAAGGGACCAGAUUUUGUUGAGGGUUCGUAUAACCUUCGUUUUGGUCUCGUGCUCAACAUCAUCGGAUUGUUGUACCUGACAUUCGCAUGUAUUACUUUCAACUUCCCCUCGGUACAUCCUAUCACCGCCAGUAAUAUGAAUUACACUUGCGCUGCGGUUGGUGUCAGCGCAUGCAUCGCCGCAGUCACUUGGUUCACGACCGGAAAGAAGAACUUUUCUGGACCUCAAGCUGGGACAAUGUUUCAAGAAGUCAUUCAUGGCCAGACUACAAGGGGCAGUGUCAGCGUCCAGAGCUUCAAAGAAACCCAGAAAGAAACGAUUGACGACAACGACCUCGAUGACGAGGAUCUGAUUAUGGUACUGAAGUUGGAAGUUGGUAUUCUUGUUCAAUAUUGGGAUACAAUCAGAGACGAGCGACAUACGCCGACCUCGAGAAUGAGGAUCUGA